AUGACAACAACUGUAGUUGGAUCAAAAGAUAAUAGACUUACUUUAAAACAGAACUUGACAAACACAAAUCAAAAUCUUUCACUUGGAAUGAAUUUAGAGAACAUUUUAGUAGAUGGAAAAAUGAUAUUCAUCAAUAAUAUUGCUAUUGGAAACAUUACGAUAGCUUUAUUGGGUACUGUACCUGACAUACUAAUACUUGAUAAAUCUCUAGUUUUAUACAUUGUAUUAUUUAAGAGUAACAGUAAAUUACCACCCAAACAUGAUUCAGAACGUGCAAUACGAGAACAUGAGGUUUUACAAUACAAAAAUAAGAUUGUAGAAGUUACCGAAGCACUUGGUAAAGGAAAAUUACCAACUACUUCACAAAUAUCCGAAGAGAUUGAUGAAAUUCAUCAAUCAGAAUUAUUAUACGAUGCAACUCAUGGUAUCUCUGUGUUGGGUAAAAAAGUUUUAGCAGAUUUGGAAAAUUUGUUAGAUUCUUUGAAAAGAUUCUUUGAGGAAAAAAAUGAAUUACAAAAUGUUGUUGUUUAUUAUGCUACUAAAUUACCAUCAUCUCGUGAAGGAAUUGAUCAGGAAAUAAUCGUGACUGAAAUCACCAAUAGAUCAUUAGUUGAAGAAGGAAUAAAAAACAUAUUGAAUAUCUCACAGUUAAUAGUUACAAAUUCUGAAUUUCGUAAAUUGAUUAACGAUAUUGGUACAAUUGCUCAAGAUAUAAUCGCAAAACAUGAACCAUCAUCAUCAGAAAAACCUACGCCAGAAACAAAAGAUAAAAAAGAAAUAGUUGCUGAAAUUAAAGAUGGUGAAAAGGAUAAAGAGAAAGGAUCGGAGGAUAAAAAAGGAAUAGUUGCUGAAACUAAAAAGGAUAAAGAGAAUAAAGAGAAAGGGAUCGGUGAAGCUGUUAGUAAAACUAGUCAAAAAGCACAGGAAAAAGUAUCUACUGCUGCAAAAUCAACGACAGAAUUAACCGAACCUCAUAUUAAAGAAGAUAGUGAAGAAAUAACCUCUGAUAUUAUUUCCAGUUAUCAACUUUCAUCAGAGGCAUGCGAACGAUUAGUCACUCGUUUCAAAAAUGUGAUUAUUGAGAUACAAAAGAAACCCGAGUAUCAACAAGCGAUCAAAGAUCUAAUAAACGUAAUUCCUCAAAUUACCGAAAAAUCGAGCGAAUUUGCCACUCACAUCACUCAACAUAUUGUUGUUGUUGGCUCUAGCAGUACCAAUGACCAACAAAAACGAGGAUCAACAUCAUCAGCCGUUGAACAAAAUACAAAAGAUGUAGAAAGUUUUGCUAACAAUCGAUCGUUAUAUCCAUUAAUUUCAACAUUAAAUGAUUUUGGACAAAAAAUUAAACAUGAUGAAGUUUUACGUGAAUUUCUUAAAGAUCUUGAGCAUUUUAUUCUUUCCUCGUUACUUGAACCGGAAUUUGUUAAGAAAACCGAUUACAUUCAACAAGGAUCUGGUGUGAUUAAUAAAGGAAGAAAACUUUUAUUGGAUCAUUACUGUGAAUUAACUCAAACGAUUGUUGGUGAAGUCCAGGAAUUUAAUAAAGCGAUGAUGGAAGAUAAAGCUACAAUGGAAUUAAAAAGAGAUGUUGAUAUUUUAAUUGAAGAUUUAUUCUUGAAUGAAAUUGGUCAAUUUACCUUCAAAUUUCAAUUGGUCAAAGAUUUUUCGAUUAUUUUACCUCGUCUUGCUAAGAGACUUGAAUACAUUCCUUUACCAGAAUAUGAAUAUUCUGAUGAAAAUAUAGAGUUUAAUGCUGAUAAUAUUGUACUUCAUGUGCAACAUGAACUUUUUCCAAAUCAUAUUAAUAUUGGAUUAAAUGCUGAAAUAGGUUUAAAUCGACCAGAAGAGGAUAGGGUUCGUAAUUUAAUCUCGAUUGAAAUUUCUAAAUUUCAUAUCGAUGCUCAUGAUAUUGUUUUUCAUUAUAAAAAGAAAAAAGGAUUCUUUAGAUUUGAGGAUGUAAAUGGUGGCAUAGAACUUAAUUUUAGAGCAAUAUUAACUCUACCUACUGAUGGUAGUAAACCAAUUUCUAUCAAACUUGAACAAAAUGAUAUUCGUAUUUCUGAAUUCAAAUUAAGAUUUCAUCACACUAAACACAAAUUUGAAGAACAAAUGAUAAUUGUUCAAACACAAGUAAUGCAAAACUAUCGAUGUCAUUCUACUACUAAAGAUAUUGGUAAUGAUCAAUCAAAAGAUAAAUUAAAACAAAAAAUGACAUGGAAAAGUUCUGCUUUUGAUCCAACACUUGUCACUCCCAUCACUCCCAUCACUACCGUUACUCCUGCUGCUACUACUUAUAAUAGCACUUCCAUUAUUAAAACCACUACUGAUGGUAAAACUCCUAGCAAGAAAUAA